AUGGCUCGCUAUUCCUUUGCAUUCACAGCUUUGGCGGCCACUGGUGCUGCUGCUGCUGCUGCCCAAGGCACUGCUUAUGCCCAGUGUGGUGGACAAGGUUGGACUGGCGCCACCACAUGUGUGUCUGGCUACCACUGCCAAUUCCAGAAUGACUGGUACUCUCAGUGCAUUCCCGGUGCUGCCUCCGCUGCAGUAAGUUCGGCCGCGGCGAAGACUACACUCGUAACUCUCGUCCGUACCUCUGCCGCUGCUAAGACAUCGUCGGCGGCUAAGACUUCUGUGGCCAAGACCACGGCUGUUGUGGCCAAGACCACGGCUGUUGUGGCUGCAGCCUCUAGCACGGUGUCUACUGCGAAAGCUGCUGCAGCCACCUCUUCUUCCGGCAAGACACAGUACGCCGGUGUGAACAUUGCAGGUUUCGACUUUGGCUGCUACACGGAUGGAUCGUGCGGUGGAUCCUACAGCGACCCCGGUGCGAACGGCAUUGCCCAGAUGAAGCAUUUUGCCACCGACGACAAGCUCAAUGUUUUCCGUCUGCCCAUCGGAUGGCAACACCUCCUCAACAACGUCCUCGGAGGGUCAAUCGACGCCACUGUAGGCGCUGCCUACGACAAACUGGUCCAGGGUUGCUUGGCCACUGGCGCACUCUGUGUCAUCGACCUCCACAACUAUGCUCGCUGGAACGGAGCCAUCGUCGGCCAAGGCGGUCCCACCGAUGCUCAGUUCGCUGAUGUGUGGUCCAAGUUGGCCACCAAGUACGCUUCUCAAAAGAACAUUGCCUUCGGCCUCAUGAACGAGCCCCACGACCUGACCAUGAGCACGUGGGCCACCUCGGUCCAGGCCGCCGUCACCGCCAUCCGCAAGGCCGGCGCAACGUCGCAGAUGAUCCUCCUCCCCGGAACCGACUACACCUCGGCCGGCACCUUCGUCGCCAACAGCGGCCCCGCUUUGCUCAAGGUCACCGACUCAGACGGCACCACCAGCAAGCUGAUCUUCGACGUCCACCGCUACCUCGACAGCGACAAUAGCGGCACCAACGCCGAGUGCGUCACCGACCACGUUGCCGACACCUUCGUCCCGCUCGCCACCUGGCUGCGCACCAACAAGCGCCAGGCCAUCCUCUCUGAGGUCGGCGGCGGCAACACGGCUUCCUGCCAGACCGACGUCUGCGCGGCAAUUGCUUCGCUCAACCAGAACAGCGACGUUUACCUUGGAUACAUUGGAUGGUCUGCGGGUGCCUUCGACACCUCGUACGUCCUGAGCUUGACGCCUAAUGGGUCCGCGGACCAGGCUUUGCUCACCAAGUGCUUCAGCCGCGCGUAG